AAACGAUGGUAUCCAAGGACGUCAAAAAACAAGAAGACAAUGGUUGCAACGAUGACCCACAUUGAAGCCCAUGAGCGACUCAUCGCAAAGGUACUUGAACGGUGUAAAAAGAGCCAUGGGUCCUUGAUACAGCAAGAGGGGCGUGAGCAGCGUACAUCACCCUCAGCGCACUACCACAUAUCAAAAUAUGCCAAGUGCUCACAUGAUAUAUUUGCAUGGCUUGGCAAGCUUGACAAUGAUGAGGCAAUUGAAAACUUCAUUCCGGGCCUUAAAGAUCACUUGCUGGCACGGCUCCGCAGCUUGGAUUACUCUGGUGAUGAGCACAGUUUCUCUGAUGACGACAGGAAUCAGGUCACCUUCGCCAAUAACCAACUCCACGAGCACAGUGUACUACGUGUCAACUAG